AAAAACAUUGCAAAUCUAAAACAAAUAAGCUCUUGGCAAGAAAAGCAUCUUUGGGAGUUUCUUUUUCUUCCUGGAUUGGAUUUUGCGUGGCUCGUGCAAUGCUCCUGGCCAUGUCUUCAUGGAAGAGAAGAAUUCUGCAUCAUAGACAACUGCUUUCCAUUCAAAGUUACACCUAAGGACUCGCAAAAGCUAGGGUGAAAUGAGCCCCGUUUCUUGCACAUUUUGCUUCUUCAUCCUGGUGUUUGGUGUGUGUUCUUGGAUCUAACAGCCUAAGCGUCCUUCAAUGAUUCUGGCACCUUCCGUUCCAUCUGCGUCUGUCCUGAGAUGCCCCACCGUACACAGCAAGAGGAGGUUUGACCCCAGACCCAGCGAGGUCUCUCGGCUGCCCAGGCGUAUUUAAGAUGUUGAACCCUUCCCACGUGGCCCGAGCCCCAGAUCGGAUCAGUAGCACUGCGGCUCCUGGAGGCCUCAGACAUGGAUCGUGGCUCGGCUCGCCCCUGCCCUCAGCGCUCCACACCCCGGCCCGUGAGCAGCCUGUGAAGGAUGUCCCAGAGCGGAGCUCCAGCCCGGGAACCCUCUGAGACCCCCAGUCAGAGAGAACAGAUCCGCAGCCACAUGAAGAUGGUGAUCGGGCAGCUGGAAGGAAUCCUCAAGGAGCUGAAAGAUGUGGCACAUGAACUGCGGGAGGUGGUGGGUCAGAUCGACAAACUCACAUCAGAUAUCGACUUCGACCUGGAGCCUGACGACUGGACGGUGGCGACGGCGAGCAGCACGUCGAGCAGCGAGCGUGGCUUGGGUGAGGCUUUCAGACUGGACUUCCUCGGCCAGGACAUGCUCUCCGACGAAUGGGACUUCUGCAACUUCCUCGAGGCCUCCAACCGGAAAACACAGCGAGAGGAGACGGAUGAGGGCCAGGGGAGGCCGUCAUUGUCCACAGCCAGCGUCUACUCACAGAUGAACGGGGGCCUCCACGUCCCCAACGGGCCCCUAAUCGUCACCCCAGACUCCUCCAGCGAGGAGGCAUCCAGCUCCACUCACAGCCAGAAAACCAGAGAACGUGUUCGCUUUAGCGACAAGAUCCUCUACCACGCUUUGUGCUGCGAUGACGAUGAAGACGAGGAAGAGGAUGGUGGCGGCGAGGAGGACGAUAAAGGGGACUGUGGGACCCCAGAUACAGACAGCGAGCACAGUCCUCUGACUCGUUCUCCCGCUGAACACCCGCCAGGCGUCUACAAGUGUCGAGAAACGGCGUCUGCGGGACCCUCUCCUGUGAAGAUGCCAGUGAUGAGCUCUCACACUUUACCCAGGAAAGGUCUUCUCAACCCCAAAAAACUGCUACGGAACAGCAGCACACAGACGGUUUCGGAUAAGAGCACUCAGACUGUACUGCCCUACGUCCCAGCCAAACAGAAAAACAAGGACCUCUGAGAGAACAGUCGGAUUUACACAUACAAAACACCAACGGACUGAGACAGGAUUACAAAGAACUGUAUACUAUUUAAUAUUAAAUACAUAGAUAAUAGAUAAAAACAAAAUAAUAAAUGAAUUAUUCAAUAAAUUAUAUA